CAGCUCCCGCGGGUGCUCUGGGGAGUUUGGGGGCUGUUUAAGGAUUUCUCUCCCUUCUCUGCUCCCCAGGCUGCUGCAGGAUGGGUGACGACAGGCCCUUCGUGUGCAGCGCCCCGGGCUGCGGACAGAGGUUCACAAACGAGGACCACCUGGCGGUUCAUAAACACAAGCACGAGAUGACAUUGAAAUUCGGCCCCGCUCGCACCGACUCCGUCAUCAUCGCAGAUCAGACCCCGACCCCGACGCGGUUCCUGAAGAACUGUGAGGAGGUGGGACUCUUCAACGAGCUGGCCAGCUCCUUCGAGCACGAGUUCAAGAAAGCUGCUGAGGAUGAUGAGAAAAAGAGUUCGGGGGCCCUGGACAUGUCCCUGCCCUCCACCCCGGACAUCAAGAUCAAGGAGGAGGAGCCGGUGGAGGUGGACUCGUCCCCGCCGGACAGCCCCGCGUCCCGGCCGCGCUCGCCCCAGCACAAGGACAAGGAGGGCCCCUCCAAGCCCGUGAUCCUCUCCACGCCCACGCCCACCAUCGUGCGGCCGGGCUCGCUGCCGCUGCACCUGGGCUACGACCCCCUGCACCCCACGCUGCCGUCCCCCACCUCCGUCAUCACCCAGGCCCCCCCCUCCAACAGACAGCUGGGGUCUCCCAGCGGCUCCCUCCCGCUCGUCGUGCAGCUCGCCAACGGCCAGACCAUGCCCGUGCUGCCCGGCCCCCCCGUGCAGAUGCCUUCUGUCAUUUCGCUGGCCCGGCCCGUGGCCAUGGUGCCCAACAUCCCCGGCAUUCCCGGGCCCCCCAUCAACAGCAGUGGGUCCCUGUCGCCCUCAGGACUCCCGGUGCACUCCGAAGCCAAGAUGAGGCUGAAGGCCAGCCUGGCAGCGUCGUCCUCGCUGAACGGCAGCAGCCUGGUGGCGGGCUCGGCCAGCACCAUGGUGACCGCGCGGCCGGAGCAGAGCCAGGUCCUGGGCCAGCACCCCGACGCCCCGUCCCCGGCCCAGCCGCAGGUGUCCCCCUGCCCAGCCCACGCCCAGCACGGGCGGGCGGCGGCGGCGGGCGGCGGACGAGGACCCGGACGAGCGGCGGCAGCGCUUCCUGGAGCGGAACCGCGCGGCCGCGUCGCGCUGCCGCCAGAAGCGCAAGCUCUGGGUGUCCUCCCUGGAGAAGAAAGCCGAGGAGCUCACCAGCCAGAACAUCCAGCUGAGCAACGAGGUGACGCUGCUCAGGAACGAGGUGGCUCAGCUGAAGCAGCUGCUGCUGGCCCACAAGGACUGUCCCGUCACGGCCCUGCAGAAGAAGACCCAGGGCUACCUGGGUGAGUGAUGGCUGUGCUGCUCCUGGGCUGGAGGGAGGGAGGGGACCCUCCCCUCAGGCCGUGCCUGUCACCCCCCCCCCCCCCCGUCACCCCCUGUCACCCCCCUGUCACUCAGGGUCACUGCAGGGCAGGGCUGGCACAGCACAGGACACAGCAGGGAGUGCAGAACACCUGGGCUGGGCACAGGACACCCCAAAAACCCCUCAGAGCCCCCCAGGGCUUUUCUGCCCAUCUCCUGCUGAGGAGGAGCCCCCAGAUUGUCCCUUUGACCUUGGGGUGGCACUUGCUGUGAGGGCAGUGCCCGGGGCAGGGUCUGUGUCCCCGUGCCUCCCCAGGUGGGUGUCUGGCGUGGCUCCAGCCCUCCCUGCUCUGGCAGCCAGCCAGGCCCUUGAUCAUCCCUUUGAAGUGCCAAAUUUGCUGCUCCUGCAGCAAAGGCCGAGUCAGGAAAGGCCAGACUCUCUCCAUGACAUCAUGGAGCUCCAUUGCUCAUUCUCUGCCAUUCCCACCGAGCUGCCUCGGCUUGGCAGUUAAAAAAAAAAAAAAAGAAAAAGGCUCUUUUUUAUCUCCUUUUCUUCCCAUCAUUUUUUUUAAUGCUGCCUGUUUCAUUAUAACCAACCCGGGAGCUAAACACGAUCUGGGUCCUGCUGCCCUCCCUGCAACAGCAAUUCCAGGCUGCUGAGAGGCUUUGGGAGGACGCUGGAGUCCUCUAGUGUUCCUUGGAAAAAUGGGAGGAUGAGCUGAGAGAAUGGGAACUGCAGAAACCCAGGCAGAAAAAGGGGAAAAAGAGAUCUAAAAAAUGAAAAUCCAGUGUCCCUGGGGGCUGUGCCUUGCCCCUGUGUCUGGGUCUCUGGAAUUCUGUCCUGCCUGGUGAGGCACAGGGGUGUGCUGGAGGGGUCUGGCACAGCCACUGUCACCCCUGGGUGGCUCAGAGACGUCCCCA